CAGCUGAGGGAGAGGCCGAAUGAGGGAGGAGACGAACUAGAGAGGGUUGAGGAAUGACUAAGAUCAUGUAGUCAUUUAGAAAUUGUUUAUGGAAAUGCCCCGCACAGUCAGGGAAGUGGUUCAUCAGUGGUGGGGCAUAUGGGGAUAGAGGGAGGAAUAAAGACAUUAAGUGAAGGAAGAUCUAGUGUUUGUGUGCGUUUUGCUCUGGUGCUUGUAAUUGUUUGUCAAUGGAGGCUCUGGAGGGAAAGACUGAGUGGACCAGAGGAAGUCCCGCUGACUCAUAAGUCAACAGUUGUAAUCUUUUUACUUUGCUGCCCUGUUAUUUUUUUUUAAUCUUUACAUCCUUUAAUCUUCUUUGUUUCUACUUUUGGAUUAUGUCAUCAGCCAAACCUGUGAACUCGGCCUCCACUGUGAGCGUAGAGGCCGGCACGCAGAAAGUCACGGUGGCCAAGUGCGAGUCUGCAAAUGGACUCCCCGCUGCCAAGAUAUCCUGGGUGACCACGGCCAAAGGUAACGAAACGACCACCACGAAGGCCGGGACCGACAACACUGUGACGGUGACCAGCGAGUAUCGCAUGGUUCCGACGUCGGCCGACAACGGGAAAGACAUCAGCUGCGUGGUGGCGCACAGGACCCUGGAAAAACCAGAAAGCUUCAAGAUGAAGCUGGCUGUUCUUUUUGCCCCUGAGGUGUCAAUAGCAGGGUACGAUAAUAAUUGGUAUAUAGGUCGCACAAGCACAGUACUCACCUGUCAGGCUACAGCAAACCCUGUUCCAACUUCUGUCCUCUGGAAAACCAUGUCAGGAGAGAUGCCAGACACAGUGCAGAUCUCGGGCAACCAGCUGAAGGUGCUGAAGGUUGAUGAGACCGUCAACACCACUUUUGUCUGCGAGGUCAAGAACCGCUUGGGGACCAGCAAGAGUCAGGUCACCAUUGUGGUCAGAGGUGAGUGGGAUGAUAUUUUAAUUAAAAAAAAAAAAAAAGCUUCAGAAGAGAUGGGUAUCAUUUGGAUUUUAUCCGGUGCCGGUACUUUUGAAAAAAUUCUGGUGCCUAAAAGAUGCUUAAACCGAAGUUUAGAAUAUGAAAAAAGGCGGAAUUUCACAGGAUUAAUGCACUUAAGUUACUUUAUUUCAUUCUUUCUGAAUGUCUGCACUGCAGCACUAUGUUUCUUUUUUUUACCAGGGCUGUCAAUGCUAACGUGUUAACGCAUGCGACUCAUUUUAAAAAAAUGAACAUGUCAAAUUUAUUAACAUAAAUUAAAUACACUUCCGCUUUGUGAGGCUUCCCCGGCGUUCCUUAAUUU